GGGCCAGAGUCCUUACCCAGAAUUUUUUAAACUGAAACUGAGAAAGAAAAUUCCCCCCAGUGUGGAAGCCAUAAAAUGUAAAACAUACGAGCUGUCAGCAGCCACGUGUCAGUUCCAUAUGGAACCAACUCGCCUGCAGUGAAAAAGAAGCCGACAUGCAGAAAGCAGCAGAGAACCAUGUGUGCUCAGUAUUGCAUCUCCUUUGCUGAUGUUGAAAAAGCUCAUAUCAACAUUCGAGAUUCUAUCCAUCUCACACCAGUGCUAACAAGCUCCAUUUUGAAUCAACUAACAGGGCGCAAUCUUUUCUUCAAAUGUGAACUGUUCCAGAAAACAGGAUCUUUUAAGAUUCGUGGUGCUCUCAAUGCCGUCAGAAGCUUGGUUCCUGACGCUUUAGAAAGGAAGCCGAAAGCUGUUGUUACUCACAGCAGUGGAAACCACGGACAGGCUCUCACCUAUGCUGCCAAAUUGGAAGGAAUUCCUGCUUAUAUUGUGGUGCCCCAGACAGCUCCAGACUGUAAAAAACUUGCAAUACAAGCCUACGGAGCGUCAAUUGUAUACUGUGAACCUAGUGAUGAGUCCAGAGAAAAUGUUGCAAAAAGAGUUACAGAAGAAACAGAAGGCAUCAUGGUACAUCCCAACCAGGAGCCUGCAGUGAUAGCUGGACAAGGGACAAUUGCCCUGGAAGUGCUGAACCAGGUUCCUUUGGUAGAUGCACUGGUGGUACCUGUAGGUGGAGGAGGAAUGGUUGCUGGAAUAGCAAUUACAAUUAAGGCUCUGAAACCUAGUGUGAAGGUAUAUGCUGCUGAACCCUCAAAUGCAGAUGACUGCUACCAGUCCAAGCUGAAAGGGAAACUGAUGCCCAAUCUUUAUCCUCCAGAAACCAUAGCAGAUGGUGUCAAAUCCAGCAUUGGCUUGAACACCUGGCCUAUUAUCAGGGACCUUGUGGAUGAUAUCUUCACUGUCACAGAGGAUGAAAUUAAGCAUGCAACCCAGCUGGUGUGGGAGAGGAUGAAACUACUCAUUGAACCUACAGCUGGUGUUGGAGUGGCUGCUGUGCUGUCUCAACAUUUUCAAACUGUUUCCCCAGAAGUAAAGAACAUUUGUAUUGUGCUCAGUGGUGGAAAUGUAGACUUAACCUCCUCCAUAACUUGGGUGAAGCAGGCUGAAAGGCCAGCUUCUUAUCAGUCUGUUUCUGUUUAAUUUACAGAAAAGGAAAUGGUGGGAUUCAGUGUCUUUAGAUACUGAAGACAUUUUGUUUCCUAGUCAUUGUCAACUCUUGGUUAUCAGAUUCUUAAUGGAGAGUGGCUAUGUCAUUGAGAUUUAAUAUUUUUUUUGGACUAAGUAGUGGAAAAACUUUUAUACUUAACUGAGACAUUUUGUCAAGGCUAAAAAAAAAGUCUUGCAAAAUGGGGCAGCGGACUGACAGGCUGACAUAGAAAAUAAACUUUGCCCAAUCACAACUUGUGCCUCCCAUCCCUGGAGUACUGACUGGCACUCCAGGUGAGACAGAAUCUCUUUGAAUCCAUUACUCCAUGCCCCCUUGAGGCACUGUUGAAGAAAUCUCACUUUUCAGCCAGGGUACUGGUUCUGGUACGUAUGGAUCAUAAGUCCAUUUGGGGAAGACUCGUUUAUACAGGUUCAUCAGUACUGUGUCUUGAGAUUUUAGCUUCCCAUUAAAGCUGCAUUUCAUGUGGCCAUGGGUACCUAGAAAGAAAUCAGAACAAGUCAGUCAAAUUAAAAGUAGAAAAUUUUAAAGCAAUGACUUCCAACCCAAUAGUCAUUUAGCAACACUGCAGAAGUGUAGACAUGGUCUCAAAUCCCAUGUUUCUUUACCUAAAGGCUCCUUGAUAUGUCCUCUUCGGCCCCACUUCGUUCUCAGUUCCACUGGUUUAAACCAUAGCACAUCCUCUUAGAAUCAAACACAUAAAAGACCAAGAUGAAACAUUUACCCACAAAAUGUAAACCCAACCUUUAUACCACAAAGGUAAUCAGAUCCCAUCCUCCUCCUUCGUACCCACCUCUGUUGAAGAACAUGUAACGUACUACUGCCAUCUUAGUAAACAUUUUCAAAGGAUGACCACUCAGAACAACUCUCUUGAUGACCAUUCUGUCUGGAUCUACUGACAUAAGAUGGCCUGUAGCAAUGAGGCUGUGCAUUCCUAAAGGACAAAAGCAAAGAAGCUACUUAGGAAUUUACAGGCCAAAGUCUUCAUUUAUUGCCCCAGUCCAUUUAAAGACCCAUGCAAAAGCGUGGUUUGUCAUCCCCCUGCCCUAGCCCAAUCUGAGGCUAAGAUUGGUAAACUGUAAGCCCACACUUAACCUUGUCAACAGGUUCUUGAAAACUUGUACUUUAAGAGAAACGAUGUAUAAGAAAACCAUACUUUUUCUCGUCAGUUGUUACAAGGAAAGGAUGUUGAACAAAAGGCAGUUAUUUCAGAACUGGCUAUACACUGUUUCACGUAAAAGUUGCAGUUUUCAUUGUUCUAUUAACAACGUUAAAUGAAGACUUAGUGUAUUUUGAAAACCAUCAUUACCUUCUCCAUACCAUUUGGCUCCCAAAUUUAAAUAAAGAAGAGAAAACAGUGUUCAUCUAUUAA